AUGAAUCCUUUUUCUUCUGGUACUCGUCUAAGGGACAUGAUCCGAUCCAUAAGAGCAUGCAAAACAGCUGCGGAGGAGCGUGGUGUUGUGAGGAAAGAGUGUGCCGAUAUACGAGCAUCGAUUAAUGAGAACGACCCACAUGAUAGGCACCGGAACCUCGCGAAGCUCAUGUUCAUACACAUGCUGGGUUACCCGACACACUUUGGUCAGAUGGAGUGCUUGAAACUAAUUGCAUCUCCCGGAUUUCCAGAGAAGAGGAUCGGAUAUCUCGGGCUUAUGUUGCUUCUUGAUGAGAGACAAGAAGUGUUGAUGCUCGUCACAAAUUCAUUAAAACAAGAUCUUAACCACACGAACCAGUAUGUUGUAGGACUCGCGCUCUGUGCUUUAGGGAACAUUUGUUCAGCAGAAAUGGCCCGUGAUCUUGCGCCAGAAGUAGAAAGAUUAAUCCAGUUUCGUGACCCUAAUAUCCGUAAGAAGGCGGCACUCUGCUCCACUAGAAUAGUAAGGAAAGUUCCAGAUCUUGCAGAAAACUUUGUAAAUGCUGCUUCGUCCUUGCUUAAAGAAAAGCAUCAUGGGGUUCUUAUAACGGGAGUUCAACUUUGCUAUGAGUUAUGCACGAUCAAUGAUGAGGCCCUAGAAUUCUUCAGAAAGAAAUGCACGGAGGGGCUGAUAAAAACUUUGAGGGAUAUUACAAAUAGCUCAUAUCAGCCUGAGUAUGAUGUUGCAGGGAUCACGGACCCUUUUCUUCACAUACGAUUACUUAAGCUCUUGCGUGUUUUAGGCCACGGUGACGCUGAUGCUAGUGACUUGAUGACUGAUAUUCUUGCCCAGGUGGCAACAAAAACUGAAUCAAACAAAAACGCAGGAAAUGCCGUACUCUAUGAGUGUGUUGAAACAAUAAUGGCCAUUGAAGACACCAGUAGCUUGCGUGUGCUUGCUAUCAAUAUCUUGGGAAGAUUCUUAUCUAACCGCGAUAAUAAUAUCAGAUAUGUUGCAUUAAACAUGCUGAUGAAAGCAAUCGCUUUUGAUGAUCAAGCAGUGCAAAGGCACAGAGUUACAAUCUUGGAAUGUGUUAAGGACCCAGAUGCUUCUAUCCGGAAAAGAGCUCUUGAGCUUGUCUCUCUUUUGGUGAAUGAGAAUAAUGUCAAACAACUGACAAAGGAGCUCAUUGAUUAUUUGGAAAUCAGCGAUGAAGAUUUUAAGGAGGAUCUUAGUGCAAAAAUUUGUUCUAUCGUUGAAAAGUUUUCUCCAGAGAAACUCUGGUACAUUGAUCAGAUGCUCAAGGUUCUGUCGGAGGCUGGAAAGUUUGUGAAAGAUGAUGUGUGGCAUGCACUUAUUGUUGUCAUAAGCAAUGCAUCAGAUCUUCAUGGAUAUACAGUCAGGGCAUUAUACAAAGCAGUUUUGACAUAUUCGGAACAGGAGACUCUUGUUCGAGUGGCGAUAUGGUGCAUAGGGGAAUAUGGUGAUCUGUUAGUUAACAAUGUGGGGAUGCUUGGUAUUGAAGAUCCAAUAACGGUAACGGAAUGUGAUGCAGUGGACGUUAUCGAGGAUGCUAUUACUCGCCAUAACUCAGAUAUGACUACAAAAGCGAUGGCAUUGGUUGCUCUACUAAAGCUGUCAUCUCGCUUUCCUUCUACCUCAGAGAGGAUUAAAGAUAUAAUUGUGAAGCAGAAAGGGAGUCUUCUCCUUGAAAUGCAGCAGAGAGCUAUCGAGUUCAAUUCUAUUGUUGACAGGCAUAAAAAUAUCAGGUCUUCUCUGGUUGAGAGAAUGCCGGUACUAGAUGAGGCUACCUUCAAUGUGAGGAGGGCUGGCUCUUUGCCUGCGUCAGUUUCAACAAUGGCCAAGCCUUCGGUUAGUAUUCCAAAUGGUGUUGCUGCAGCUCCAGUUGUGGACUUGCUGGACCUGGAUUCUGACGAUAUCCUGGCUCCACCUAGUUCAUCCGGUGCAGAUUUCCUUCAGGACCUUCUCGGUGUUGACUUGGGAUCAUCGUCAGCACAAUCUGGUGCAACCCAGGCUCCAAAAGCCGGCACAGAUCUGUUGAUGGAUAUUCUAUCAAUUGGAACACCUUCUCCGGCACAAAACAGCACAUCAUCGAUUGAUUUAUUAUCAACAGCUGACGUUAACAGUAAUCCCUCUUUUGCGCUAGAGACGCUCUCUUCACCAGCUCCACCUCACAUAGCAACGACUGCGUCUGCUGGUGGUAUGUUUGAUUUGUUAGAUGGUCUUUCUCCAAGCCCAUCCAAGGAAGCAACCAAUGGCCCAGCAUAUCCACCUAUUGUUGCAUACGAGAGCAGCUCCUUGAAGAUUGAGUUCAGCUUCUCAAAGACACCAGGGAACCCACAAACAACAAAUGUCCAGGCCACUUUUAUUAAUUUAUCUCCUAAUACUUUCACAGAUUUCGUUUUCCAGGCUGCUGUUCCAAAGUUCCUCCAGCUGCACUUGGAUCCAGCUAGCAGUAACACACUCCAGGCAAGCGGUAACAUCACGCAGAAUCUAAGAGUCACUAACAGCCAACACGGGAAGAAAUCUCUUGUGAUGCGCAUGAGGAUUGGGUACAAAGUGAACGGCAAAGAUGUUUUGGAGGAAGGACAAAUCAACAACUUCCCUCGCGGAUUGUGA